CGCGGACUCCAGCAACCACCACUGCCCUCACCCUAACGCCAUCAUGGCUACUUCGGCGCAAUCCGACCAGGCUGCUUCUUCAGAACCCCAGUCGGAUGCCUGGGAGAAAUCAAAAGCGACCUUUCAAGGGAAACGAAGCUCCGAGUACUACGACCCCUGCCAGGAGUUUGCGAACAAGAGUAUAAAAUGCAUGCACCGAAACAAAGGAGACAGGGAGAUGUGCCAGGACUACUUUAAGUGCGUUUCCCCCUUUGCAACAGGAGCGGGACCACGCGCAGAAAGAGACGACAACAAGCCCGUCUUCAGGGUGGUCUGGUCGGGCAGCGAUGGGACUGCGUCGAGCGCGAACAGCGGCCUCAGAGAUCUAGGCUGACAGCAGGGUUUACACGGACAGAGCUUACCGCGACUGUAAAAAAGAAUGGACUGCCAAACGGAGGGCGGAGGCAGGUUCGUGGUUUGGGUGAGCACCGGUCAUGCUCCUUGGUGUCUCUGGGUGGGAAACAGGAGGACUGUACAAAAGCAGAAUUGAUACCCUCUGUCGAAGCAUAGCGUGGGAGUACUCUGUAUACAUCAGCGGCUCAACAUGGUACGAACGCUGAUCAGUGGUCGACGGCAUUGUAAGAUUAGGUAGAAGCGCUGAGAGAUGUAUCUGCUUUCCACUCGAAUACUCCCGGUUCAGAGAGUGCGCAGAGCCGGCCUGGGUCUGUGGUAGCCAAUACGUGAAGCUCACCAGAUCUCCGUUGGCAGGUUCCGCAAAUCUUCUUGCAUUUCAGCCUUGUCCACACAAAUUUCC